UUUCUUAUCUAUAUAAACCGACCUAAAGACCUUCCAUAUUCAACAAUUAAGCUUUUCAAAUUCCUGAAAUUCAAUUUUGCUAAGACAAAGUUCCAUUUCUCUCAACCUUCUUCAUCUUCAUCAGCAUGUCUCAGACUGUUGUCCUCAAGGUUUGCAUGUCAUGUGAAGGCUGUGUUGGAGCCGUGAGAAGGGUCCUUGGGAAGAUGGAAGGAGUGGAGUCUUAUGACAUUGAUAUGAAGGAACAGAAAGUGACAGUGAAAGGAAAUGUGCAGCCAGAGGCAGUUCUUCAUACUGUUUCCAAAACUGGGAAGAAAACCGCUUUCUUUGAAGAGGUAGCUGCACCAAUCCCGGCUUCUGUUAAACUUGAUGCAGAAGGCGAAGCAGUAUUAGCUGGAACUGAAACAAAGCCUGUAGAAGCUGAAUGAUACUCAAAUUUGUCUUUGAAGUUUGAUGCAAAUCAUGAUGAUCUAUGUUUUACUUCUUAACCUUUGUAAUUCUCUUAAAGAAGAAUAAGUAUGCUUCUUCCCUUUAUUGGGUGGUUGCUAAAUUUGGUUAU